CCCGGUCGGGGCGGUGCCGGUCGGGGGCUCGUUUUCCCCCGCUCCCUGCCAGGCACCGCAUAUAGGCUGGGGCGCUGGGGCGCGCUGCGGGGCCCGCCCGGAGGCCAUUUUGUUCCACCCAAAAGAAUUAGAUGAUUGAAACUACAGAUACUUACAGUUUCUUCUUGAGAACAGCGGGGGUUAUUCCAAAUUGCCUUUCAUGCACACAACUACCUCCCAGAGGAAGACUUGUCCCAUUUUUCCAAAACCAGUCCAUUAUGAAUAUAGUGGAAGAUAGCCCUUUCUUGGCUAGCAUCAUGAGGCACAGUGCUGUGUGUGGUGAACUGAAGUAUGACCUAUCAUGUGAACUCUACAGAAUGUCAACGUUUUCUGCUUUUCCCGUUAACAUGCCAGUAUCAGAACGGAGUCUUGCCCGGGCUGGGUUUUAUUAUACUGGUGUGCAGGAUAAAGUUAAGUGCUUCAGUUGUGGCUUAACACUGGAUAACUGGCAACCAGGAGAUAAUGCUAUGGAAAAACAUAAAGAGCUAUGUCCUGGCUGCAGUUUUGUUCAAAGCAUGCUUUCAGUUAACAACCUUGGAUUGUCAUCUCGUUCCGCCUUUUUGCCCUCAGUUGCAAACAGUCCCUCACCAUCUCUACGUUCCAUAACGCUUUCUCCAAGUUUAGAACAAGUUGGAUAUUUCAGUGGCUCUUUUUCCAGUUUUCCUCAAGACCCAGUAACUACUAGGGCAGCUGAAGACCUUUCAUUCUUGAGACAUAAGCUUUACAAUCCAUCUAUGAGUACAGAAGAGGCUAGGCUACGCACCUUUCACUCAUGGCCACUGACGUUUCUCUCACCCACUGAUCUGGCAAAGGCCGGACUUUAUUAUCUGGGGACAGCAGACAAAGUUGCUUGUUUUACCUGCGGCGGUCAGCUGUGUAACUGGGAACCGAAAGAUAAUGCUGUGUCAGAGCACCGGAGGCACUAUCCAAACUGUUCUUUUGUGGAAAACCUCACCCGAGACCCGCCAGGUUUCAAUGUUUCAAAUGUGAGCAUGCAAACCCAUGAGGCACGUGUUAAAACAUUCAUCAAUUGGCCAACCAGAAUUCCAGUUCAGCCUGAACAGCUUGCAGAUGCUGGCUUUUACUAUGUAGGGCGCAAUGAUGAUGUCAAGUGUUUUUGCUGUGAUGGCGGGUUAAGGUGCUGGGAAUCUGGAGAUGAUCCAUGGAUUGAGCAUGCAAAGUGGUUUCCAAGAUGUGAGUAUCUGCUUCGUGUAAAAGGAAGAGAGUUUGUAAGUCAAAUUCAGGCCAGAUUCCCCCAUCUCCUUGAACAGCUCUUGUCAACCUCUGAGCCGCCUGUAGAUGAAAACAUUGAUCCCCCAAUUAUUCGUUUUGGCCCUGGAGAGAGUCAUUCAGAAGAUGCAGUCAUGAUGAACACACCUGUUAUUAAAGCCGCCUUGGAGAUGGGAUUCAGUAGAAGGCUAAUAAAGCAAACAGUGCAAAGUAAAAUCUUUGCAACUGGAGAAAACUACAAGACUGUUAAUGAUCUUGUGUCUGAUCUGCUCAUUGCUGAAGAUGAGAAGAUUGAAGAAGAGAAAGAAAAACAAUUAGAAGAAGCGGCAUCAGAUGAUUUAUCCUUAAUCCGCAAGAAUCGCAUGGCUUUAUUCCAACGUUUAACAUGUGUACUUCCAGUCCUUGGGAGUUUACUAUCAGCUAAAGUGAUAACAGAACCUGAGCACGAUGUUAUUAAGCAGAAGACUCAGACACCAUUGCAAGCAAGGGAACUGAUAGAUACAAUUUUAGUGAAAGGAAAUGAAGCAGCCAGCAUAUUCAGGAACUGCCUACGAGAUUGUGACCCUGUGCUCUACAAAGAUUUAUUUGUGGAGAAGAACAUGAAGUAUGUUCCCACAGAAGAUGUUUCAGGUUUGCCUAUGGAAGAACAAUUAAGAAGAUUGCAAGAGGAAAGAACAUGUAAAGUUUGCAUGGACAAAGAAGUUUCUAUUGUUUUUAUUCCAUGUGGUCACUUAGUGGUAUGCAAAGAAUGUGCACCAUCCCUUAGAAAAUGCCCUAUUUGCAGGGGGACAAUAAAGGGUACAGUCCGUACAUUUCUUUCAUAAAGAGGGAAACUUGCAAAAUGUCUUUGUACCUGUCAUCCUCCAACUGCUGAAGCUUAAGCCAGCAGUGUCUUAAGAAUGGAAAAUUGUGGUACAGAAGGUGAUUAAUCAACCACCUAACACAGUUGUGUUAUAGUAAAGUGUAUCAUCAUUAGGAGCACUCUAGGCCUUCGGUGCCAAAGGCUCUUUCUGUUCAUAAAACCCAAGUCAACAUUAGGGUGAGGUUUUUGUGGCGUUCCUUUCUGAAUAGGGAAAGUAGUUACACUAGUGUCAUUUUGAAUAAAAAACUUUUGCUUGAGUUCCUAAAAUGGAGCUUGGCACAACUCUUCUCAUGAGUUUCCUCCAUGUGGAUGUGAGGAAAUAUAUUAAGAUUGCUGUUAUUAAUAAUUAAUAUUAACUUCAGCUACUCCUGUUUUGGCUUUCUUCUGGACUUGAGGAGAAAAGAGGCUAACUGUUGCGGGAACAGCAGGAAUUUUAGAAGUUUUUUCAUGUCUUGAUACUUGUGUAAUGUAUAUUACUAAUAGUUUGUAUGAAGACUGAAUUAAAUAUUUCUACUUCUCAAAGGAGUGUUUGUUUACUCUGUUCCCAUUGUUGGUUUUUCUCUGUAGACUGCAGUAACUAGAGUGCUGUCUUUUCCUGACAAAAUUUUGGGGUGGUUUGCUUCCAAAAGUACAAUAAAACUUAAUUCCAUUUGUCUUUCUUUCA